AUGGAACUCAACCGAGAACAUUUUCGCGCCAUAAUUUAUUACAACUUUCAGAGACAUUAUUGUGUUUUCGGCAACGAAGCGACAAUUUUCCUUUGGUAUGGAGAAUUUAAACGUGGACGGGAAAACGUCGAUGCUGUGCGCAAACUCAUCAUUGAAGAUAGACAUUUAGGAGUAAGAAAAUUAGUUUCUCGUUGGAUUGUUAGUGGUGAUGAAUCGUGGAUUUACUGUUAUGAACCACCAACAAAAGUCAUCCGUUUUCGAAGUGUUUCGAAAAAGAUGGUCACGACAUUUGUGUCAAAAGCGGGUCAUAUUACAACAAUUCCUCUUAAUGAGCAAAGAACUGUUACUCUUCGAAAAAUCAACCCCGAAAGAAGAAUCAUCCUCCACCAAGACAAUGCAAGCUCGCACACAGCCCAAAAAACAAGGCAGUAUUUAACGGAAGAAAACGUGGAAUUAUUGGACCAUCCUCCAUAUAGUCCCGAUCUAAGUCCUAAUGAUUUCUUUACUUUCCCGAAAAUUAAAAACGGACUGCGUGGUCAAAGGUUCCAGUCACCAGAAGAAGCAGUUGACGCAUUCAAAAAUGCCGUUUUGGAUCUGCCAGCAAACGAGUGGAACAAGCGCUUCGAAAAACAAUAA